AUGGCUACUGUUCGCUCUGUUGUUGCUCUAGUGGCGGCCGUGGUGGUGGCAGCAUGUGUGGCACUUGCAGCUGGCGGCCCUUCGUGCUUCAACCACCAGACGGAGACGUACACCUCGCACUUUAAGAUGGAGACAGUGACUGGCCAUGACGCGCGAGUCACUCCCUUUUUCUCGCCUGGUCAGCUCGAGCGGGAGGUUACUGAGCUUGUGCUCUCGGCCGAGUCAUCGAUCGACAUCGCUGUCGCAUCCUGGGCUCCGUUUCAGGCUUGCGGUGUCCGUGGCGGCGGAGGAUGCAGUCCGGCGCAGCUCCGUUACAACGCGUCGUCGCCGCUCUUUGUGGCUCUUGUCAACGCCAUCCACUCGGGUGUCCGCGUUCGACUCUUGGUUGGCUACUGCUCGACGAAUGUCAAUCCGCCCGGCGCCAUCGACGUCUUCUCCUACCUUGCCCUUGCCGGUGCCUCGGUCAGAGCGUACGCUACCACCGACUUUAUCCACUCCAAGUAUGUCAACGUCGACAACCGCAAAGUAGCCAUCAUGUCGGCCAACUUUGAUCUGGAGGGAUUUCUCUACAACCGCGAGGCUGGUGUGGUCUACGACGGCCUCGACCCGGGCUCGCCUGUGGCCGACUUCACCACGGCAGUCUUUGAUGGCGACUGGGAGCUCGCCAUUGCGUACCCGGUCGAUGCCACGUGGCCGGCGAGUGUUCUCAAGCUGAUGAAGGACAAGAGCCCCAUCCCGAUGCCGCCAGUCACGUUUACCAACUCGACGUGCUCGUACAACGUGCCGGACCCGCCGCCAACCUUCUCGGCCGAGAUGGACGUCACUGUGUACACCAUGCCCGACGACGGCGUGGAGCUCUCGCUCAUUCCACACUUGCAGACGGCAACCACAUCGAUCGACGUCUACAUCUACGUCAUCGCCUCGCGUGCGAUUGUCACCGAGCUCAUCGCCCUCAAGCAGUCGCGGCCGAAGCUCCGCAUUCGCGCCCUCGUCUCUGGCUACGUCGUCCCGGGUCCGUUCGCCAGCUAUCCGGCCGCGUAUCGCAAUCUCACGUCCGCUGGCAUCGAGGUCCACGUCACCCACGACUGCCUCGGCAUCCACCACCAAAAGUACUGGAUCGUCGACGGGUCGUCGGUCUCGGUCUCGACCAACAACUGGGCCGAGUCCGAGUACCCUACCUUUACCGUCUUUCCACCGGGCGUCCAUGGUGCUGAUCGCGGCCUCACCCUCCGCUUCACCCAUCCGGGCCUUGUCGCCUGGUACGCCUCGGUCAUGGACGCUGACUGGAAGCUCUCCGAACCGUGGACUCCGUCGCUCGUUCCGCCGCCACCACCCCCACCGAGCGUCCUCACUUAAAGCACCAUAAGCCGU